GGGGUGCCAGCUUGAGUGAGGUACCAAAGCGAAUAGGAACAUAAGCGAUACUGUAGGUUACUGAACAGUCUUGAGUUUUCGAAUUCAGCGCCUUUUAGUUGUGAGCCUUACAAACUUAAUAAAAAGUCACACAAUGCGAGGACUUAAAGCGAAAUAUUUGUUUACGACCACUUCCAAUUUGUUGCAUGUGCAUACUGCUUGGUGGAAAGAGAGAGGUGGACUCAUGGUGGUAUUAUUUCGAUUAUGGGUGGGUUCGCUUUGUCUCGCUGUAGGCUCACUUCACUCCCACCCGCACUCUGCUCUCUGCUUCCAUCUCGCAGUUAAUCAGAGAGCAGAUGCACUCUUCAGCUGUCUUGGGGGUGGGUUAUAGAGGCCCCAAAGGCGUAGAAGUGGAGAAAUAAAUUCUGCCUGAAAACCAUUGUAUGUAAAAGAUCCCUUCGGAUGCAUUCUCACCGGAAUUUUUUCACAUUACGUCCCACAUUUCUUGCUACGCAUUUGUGUGAAUUAUAUGUAGGAGCUCUUCGAAAUCCCGCUCUAGAUAAGACGUCAUUGUUUCCACGGCAACGGUAAAUCCAUUUACCAGUUUAUCUAAUCAAUUAUCGAUCUUCAUAACACGCCUACGUACCGAGAGAGCGCUGUAGCCGAAAGAGGAAACUGGUCGGUUGCCAUGGUAACGGUCGAGAUGUAGAAUAAAGCAGAAGUAAACUGGCAGUUCUGAGAGAAGUACUUUAAGAACGUCCACGUCGAAAUCUGAAAAGUAAAAAUUGUGACAUUGUACGAGGCUAAAAGAACAAAGUAGCAUGAAGGUGAAGGGAGAAAAUUGCUAUGAGAAUUCAGCGACUUAUUCUUUUCAGAACCGCUUUUUAGGAAUCUCGUUUGAAGAUAUUUCGAGUUGGCAGAAUAUAGUUAAGGUUCUGUACCGACCUAUGGACCCAGCAUGUCUAGGAGUUGUACGUGCAUUGUUUGGUUUCCUUAUGGUUCUUGACAUUCCUGAAGAACGAGGUUUAGCAGAUAUAGAUGUUAAAUGGGGUGAUCCAAGAUUCUGUCACUUCCCACUAUUCAACUUUCUCGUUCCAUUACCAUUGCCCUGGAUGGGAAUUGUUUAUCUCGUUAUGUGGCUUGGAGCGGUUGGUAUUAUGCUUGGGUUUAUGUAUCAUCUCAGUUGUUUAGCAUUUAUAAUUCCAUACUGGUAUAUAUUUUUACUUGAUAAAUCUGUAUGGAAUAAUCAUUCAUAUUUAUAUGGAAUCACUGGAAUCCUCUUUUUGGGCACAAAUGCUAAUCAUUUUUGGUCUCUUGAUGGGUAUUUAGGCAGAGUGAAAACAAAUACUCAUGUGCCUCUUUGGAAUUAUGCAAUUUUGCGAUUCCAAUUCUUUAUUCUUUAUUUCUUUGCUGGUUUAAAAAAGAUUGAUAAAGAUUGGCUUGAAGGUUACUCUAUGACACACUUAAAUCAACAUUGGAUCUUUGAACCAUUCAAGCUUAUUUUGUCCCCUGAACAAGUGGAUUAUUAUAUAGUACAUCUAAGCGGCUUUUUACUUGAUUUAACUAUUGGAUUUUGGCUUCUUUUUGACAAAACUAGACCAUUUGCUUUCUUCUUUUGUUCAUCAUUUCAUCUCAUGAACUCUCGACUUUUCUCUAUAGGCUUGGGUACAUAAUGAUCGUUGGACUAAACAUGCUGAUAUGCUUAAGCAGUAUGGUCAAUGCCUCAAGAGAAAUUUACUUGAGGAAAGAAAGAGAAAUGAAAAAAUAAAUGAUUAUAUCAGCAGUGAAAAUAUCUCAAUUUAUAUUGAUGUAUGGACAUCGUUAAAUGGACGUUUCCAACAACGAAUGUUUGACCCAACAGUGGAUUUAUUGAAAGCAGAAUGGUCUCCUUUUAAUAAGACAUCUUGGCUCAUGCCUUUAUUAACUGAAUUCAGUUCAUGGCGCCAAACUAUGGAGAAGUUGGAGGCAGAAAUAUAUGCUUGGUCCAAUUACAGUGAUGUUCUAUUUGUGGCUGACUUUCCUGGACUUCAUCUUGAAAAUUACAUUAAUCCUGAACUCUCAAAUGUCACUUUCACUGUUUUGGAAGGAGAAGUAAUUGUACAAGAUGUAAAUGGAGAUGAUGAUGAUGAUGAUGAUGAUGAUGAUGAUGAUAAUACGAAGAAAAAUUAUACUCUUGAAGUGGGAAAAAGCAUUCAAAUUCCUGUUGGGAAAUUUCAUUCAAUUUACACUAUUUCCCAACAACCUUCCUGUUUUAUGUACACUUACAUGAAUCAUUCCAGGCAAAGUCUAGAUGAAUCUCCUAAUCACCACGAAAAACUGUUCACUGAAAGAAUGAGGAGUUCUUUAAAAAUUCACAUAGAUAAUUUUAUGAGAGCUGUAACACUAGUCAGUAACAGUUUCCUCAAUAUUGUAUAUUCUGUACCUAUGGUUAAAAGAGUGAGAGUGCGUUGAAGGCUAAUGCCCUUACUCAAAAACAAAGAAAAAUUUCUUUAAGGAAGUACAGAAAUCUAAUUGAGUUGUGUGUUAUUGUUUCAUAUUGUAAAAUUUGUUGGGCAGCAGACUGUGUCCUCUGACCAAAAUAUAAUAAAUCCAAGCAUUUCAUUUCAGUAUAGCAGCAAAAUUCUUUGAAAAACAGGAUGAAAGUAGGUGCCCAAAAAGAUGAAAUAAAGUUACAAUGACAAAGCUUUUAUUUAUGUGAAUGUGAUAGAAGCUUUAUGAGAUGUAUUAAGUUGUUAACUAAGUAUAUAAAAAUGGAUGUUAAUGUACCAAAGAUCUAUGAACUCCACAUCGUUUGACCAAUCUCCUUUGACAUAUCUAUGUUUUUAAUGGAGAUUUUUAUGCUGUUCAUUUUGUUGUAACUCCACUAGUUGGCGCUGCAGCACAAGAUGGUGCUUCAUAUUAAUUCAGUUUUCAUUCUAUAUCAGUUCCACCUGGGUUUCAUUGUUGUUGCGUGAUGCAGGGUGAGGACAGGAUGGGCAUUGCAGGAGAGAGACAGAGACAUAGACAAAGCGACACUGACAGAGAAAGGGAGGGAGGGACAGCAUUAUGUCUGUUAGUUUCUGCUGGUUUGCUACAAUCCUUUUUUUUUUUUUUAUUUUAAGUGUAUACUGUCCUAAUGAUUUCUCAAUUUGCUUCAACAUAAAUAAUGUAAUUGUAUUUUUUUAUAUUGUUUUUUAAAUAAUUUUAAAAUUGUAAAGUUUUAUAGACAACUAAAAUUUAAAUUGAAAAUUGUGCAAAUCCUUCAAGUUAUGUAUUGCUUUUAACUAUGUGUUUCUUUGAACAUCAAAGAGAAUGAGUUCUAAUGUAACUCUGAACCAAGGAUGUCAAACUGCUGAUUCAUGUUGUAUAUUUUUUACAUUGACUAUGUCCAGUAACUGAAAAUAAAUGUUCCACCACAAUGAAGAUAUCAAUUUUUAUUUUGAGGUCUUGAUCUGAACUGAUAAAUGGAAGGAGUUGCAAUUUUGUUACAAAAGAGUGACAGACUGUUAGUAUUCAGUCAACUAUUGAACCUACUUUCCAUUUACAAUUUGAUUAUCAUUUCUCAUUGUAAAACAAUGCAUAUUAUUUAUUACUCCCAUUUUUAAUUCUCUCAUGAAAUAUUAAAAAUAAUUAUGAAGUUUGGAAAUCAAAAAAGAAAGUAUAAAUUUAUGUUGCAUGUUGUUUAGAUAUCAUGUUCUCAGUACAGCCUUUAACUGAAAAAAGUUUGACAUCCUUACUCUAAACCAAAAGUAAAAGAGAUGUGUUUGUGUAAACAUGAAGCAGUCAAUCUUACUAGAAUAAUUUGUGUAAGACAAUAUUACUAGCCUGUCAUUCAUAACUGAGCAUUUGAAUAUUAUUUUCAAACAUGAAACUGUAGAGUGGUACGAUAUUUUCUGAAUACCAUUGUACAAACAUGAAAUGAACCAAAGCUUUUGCAACAUUGCAUAUUGAUUGUUCAUGAUAUUAUUUUUGUACGUUAUUCAAGCUUUUUUUUUAUUUUAAAAAUAAAUCUCUUUACUUAUGAAA